CGAUCACAAGCGUAGAAGAAGAGGAAGUCAGUUUGUAGCGGCAAUGAAAGGACAGCGUGUUACUUCCAAUUUGAUGAAAAUAUAAGUAAAGCGUACAUCAGCAAUCAUUACUACUAAAGUACGAGGCGAGACAUAUUUUUAUCUUUAGAAGAUAUUUUUUGGAUUGCGUCGGUAGGAUGUCUUUAGUUUGUGCAAUCUCCAACGAGGUGCCGGAGCAUCCAUGCGUCUCUCCGGUGUCCAACCAAGUGUUUGAGCGCAGGCUGAUCGAGAAGUACAUCGCAGAGAAUGGGACGGACCCAAUGAAUGGGCAACCUCUGUCUGAGGAACAGCUUGUAGAUAUCAAAGUGUCCCAUCCCAUCAGACCAAAGGCACCAUCAGCCACAAGUAUUCCUGCUAUUCUCAAGUCCCUUCAAGAUGAGUGGGAUGCUGUGAUGCUUCAUAGCUUCACCUUGCGGCAGCAGCUGCAGACUACUCGCCAAGAACUCUCACAUGCCCUCUAUCAGCAUGAUGCUGCCUGCAGAGUUAUUGCUCGACUCACUAAAGAGGUCACUGCUGCAAGAGAAGCUCUUGCUACACUUAAACCUCAAGCGGGAUUGGUUACUCCCCAGGCAGUUGCUGCUCAGCCAGCUGCAGUGGGUGCUGGUGGAGAGCCUAUGGAGAUUAGUGAACAGGUGGGAAUGACCCCAGAGAUCAUCCAGAAGCUCCAAGACAAAGCCACCAUCCUCACCACGGAGAGAAAGAAGAGAGGAAAGACUGUGCCAGAAGAGCUGGUUAGAGCUGAAGAUCUCAGUAAAUACCGCCAAGUGGCCUCCCAUGCUGGUCUUCAUAGUGCCAGUGUUCCUGGAAUUUUGGCUCUGGAUUUGUGUCCCUCAGACACCAGCAAAGUUCUCACUGGUGGGGCUGAUAAGAAUGUGGUGGUGUUUGACAAAAACGAGGAGCAGAUUGUGGCAACACUUAAGGGCCAUACCAAGAAGGUCACCUCAGUCAUUUAUCAUCCGUCUCAGUCUGUGGUCUUCUCUGCAUCUCCAGACACCACCAUUCGUGUGUGGUCUGUCACUGGAGGCAACUGUGUCCAGGUGGUGCGUGCACACGAGGCAGGUGUCACUGGGCUCUCCCUACAUGCUACUGGCGACUACCUGCUGAGCUCCUCUGAGGAUCAGUACUGGGCCUUUUCUGAUAUCCAGACUGGUAGAGUCCUUACGAAAGUUACUGAUGAAAGUGCUGGCUGUGCUCUCACCUGUGCUCAGUUUCACCCUGAUGGUCUCAUUUUUGGAACUGGCACGGCUGAUUCCCAAAUCAAGAUCUGGGAUCUCAAGGAGCGCACCAAUGUGGCAAACUUCCCUGGCCACUCUGGUCCUGUCACCUCCAUUGCUUUCUCUGAGAAUGGAUACUAUCUGGCCACAGGUGCCCAGGACAGUUCUCUGAAACUGUGGGAUCUGAGGAAGCUGAAGAACUUUAAGACCAUUACUCUGGACAACAACUAUGAGGUGAAGUCCCUUGUGUUCGAUCAGAGCGGUACCUACUUGGCUGUGGGAGGAUCUGACAUUCGUGUCUACAUCUGCAAACAGUGGUCUGAGGUUCUCAACUUCACAGACCACUCAGGGUUGGUGACAGGAGUGGCCUUUGGAGAAAAUGCUAAGUUCCUGUCCUCUGCUGGAAUGGACAGAAGUCUCAAGUUUUACAGUUUGUAGAAAGCUAAAUAGCACAAGAUGGGGAGACGAGGAUAGAAAAUGAGAUGAAACAAGAUGCAGAAGCCAGUAUAAUAUUCCUGUCUGAUUUUACUGUAGUUUCUUUUGUGUGAAUGGGGGAGGAGUGGGGUUUAAAUUUUGUAGGACACGUUUGGGGACAGUGAGUGGUGUAACAACAGUCUGCUUUGCUUUUUAUUGUAAACCAGUUUAAUUAUAAUAUCUAUAGGGUAAAUGAAAACACAUGUAGUAUGUCAAAGCUAAACAGGAUAAAUAAGUCAGAUUCAUUUUUCCUGCAAGAAAUUUAGUUUAACUUCCCAUCAUUUUCAUUUCCUUUUUUUCAUACUUUUUUUCCAAUUGUAUAUUUCUUAUUACUUGCUAUUUUACCUGUUGCACCUCUUCCCUUUUACAAUUAAAUAAAAUAUCUUUUGUAUUGCCCAGCCAGCAUUGGAUUAAAGUCAA